CGGCAAUCCCCCCCCCCCGCCCGAGGGCAUGCGGCAGCCUCGGGCCAUCCCGCUCCCUCCCGGGCUCGGCGGCGCGGGCGCGCGUGAGCGGAUGCUCAGCUCUUCUCCACAAUGAAUGAGUGUCACUACGACAAACGGAUGGACUUCUUUUACAACCGGAGCAACACCGACACGGCAGAGGAGUGGACAGGGACAAAGCUUGUGAUUGUUUUGUGUUUUGGCACAUUUUUCUGCCUGUUUAUUUUCUUUUCCAAUUCUCUGGUCAUUGCAGCCGUGAUCAAAAACCGAAAGUUUCAUUUCCCAUUCUACUACCUGCUGGCCAACUUAGCGGCUGCCGAUUUCUUCGCCGGGAUCGCCUAUGUCUACCUGAUGUUUAACACCGGCCCCGUUUCCAAAACCCUGACUGUCAACCGCUGGUUCCUCCGCCAGGGCCUUCUGGACACGAGCCUGACCGCCUCCCUGACCAACCUGCUGGUGAUCGCCGUGGAGAGGCACGUGUCCAUCAUGAGGAUGCGGAUCCACAGCAACCUGACCAAAAAGCGGGUGACGUUGCUCAUCCUGCUGGUGUGGGCCACCGCCAUCUUCAUGGGGACGGUCCCCACACUGGGCUGGAACUGUAUCUGUGACAUCUCUGCCUGCUCUUCCCUGGCCCCCAUUUACAGCAGGAGUUACCUCAUUUUCUGGACCGUGUCCAACCUUGUGGUCUUCUCCAUCAUGGUGGUGGUCUACCUGCGCAUCUACAUGUAUGUCAAGAGGAAAACCAACGUCUUGUCUCCACACGUGAGCGGCUCCAUCAGCCGCCGGCGGACACCUAUGAAGCUGAUGAAGACGGUGAUGACUGUCUUAGGCGCGUUCGUGGUGUGCUGGACCCCGGGGCUGGUCGUUCUGCUGCUGGACGGCCUGAACUGCACGCAGUGCGGCGUGCAGCACGUGAAGCGCUGGUUCCUGCUGCUGGCGCUGCUCAACUCCGUCAUGAACCCCAUCAUCUACUCCUACAAGGACGAGGACAUGUACAGCACCAUGAAGAGGAUGAUCUGCUGCGCCCCGCAGGACAGCAGCUCCGAGAGGCGGCCCUCCCGCAUCCCCUCCACCGUGCACAGCAGGAGCGACACCGGCAGCCAGUACCUGGAAGACGGGGUCAGCCCGGGCGUCGUGUGCGGCAAGGACCGCGCCUGA